AAAAUUAAAAAAUCUAAAGGCCCGCAGCAAGAGAGACCCUCGCCAUUCGCGUCCGCCGCUAGGGUUUAAGAAGUCUCAAGCCGCCUCCCCCACCUCCACCACACCCUUCUCCCGCUAGGGUUUUAGCCGCCUCUCCUCCAUAGCAGCGGCCCCGCGUCCUCUCUCCGCCGCCGCCAUGUGGGCGCUCCGCCGCGCGGGCAACCCCCUCAGGGUCCGUGCGCACCAAGCUAUGAGUGCCCAUGCUCGUGCAAAUCUUGAGGUACUUCUAAAUGCAGAUGCAAACAAUGUAGCAGAACAUCACGAGGGGGACUGUCAGAAACUGGAUUGUUGUCAUCAACCAAACCCAUUGGUUUUCCACUCUCCGUUCUCAUCUGGCUGGUUCAUGUGGAGUAGGGAUUUCUCUUCCGAGGCCGGUGCAAGUUCUGGUGAUAAGCAGGAUGAGUUGGAGGAAGGGUUUUCUGAUCUGGAGGUUCCACCGCAAGCUGAUAAAAAGGAUUUAGGGUUGACAUCUGAUGAGAGUUCUGAUGAGGACACCAUUGAUGCAAUUGGCUUGUCUGAAGUGGAGGCUGAUGCAAAGCCUGAGGAGCCGAUAAAGAAGGCUUCACAGUCCACUCUUCUUAAAGCUUUGCUAGAAUCUCCAAGGACUGAUGUUGCCGGAGCAGCGAAAAAAUGGCUUAACAGUGGCAAUACAUUGGAAAGAAGUGAGCUCUUCUAUGUCAUUCUUUGCCUUCGGAAGCGGAAGCUCUACAGAAAAGCCUUGCAGCUUCUAGAAUAUGUUGAAGAAUCCAAACUACUUGAUCUUGGAGAACGUGAUUAUGCUUCACACGUUGAUUUGGUAGCUAAAGUCCAUGGUAUUUACAAAGCUGAGAAGUAUAUUGAGGAUAUUCCUGCAUCCCAUAGGGGUGAGAUUGUAUACAGGACUCUUCUGGCUAACUGUGUGUCUAUAGCCAAUGUGAAAAAAGCAGAACAAGUCUUCAAUAAGAUGAAGGACCUUGGAUUUCCAGUCAGUUUAUUUUCUUGCAAUCAGCUUCUGCUACUCUACAAAAGAGUGGACAAGAAGAAGCUUGGUGAUGUUCUCUCCAUGAUGGAAAAGGAGAAUGUGAAGCCUUCCCUCUUCACUUAUAAGCUCCUUGUAGACACCAAGGGCGCUGCUAGAGAUAUUGAAGAUAUGGAAAAAGUCAUUGAGACAAUGCAAGCAGAUGGAAUUGAGCCAGAUCAUUUGAUUCAAGCCACAAUUGCAAGGCACUACAUAUUUUGUGGUCAUCGUGAGAAAGCCGAGGCAAUUUUGGGGCAAAUGGAGGAGGAUGAUAUCACAGAAAACCGUUCUGCUUGCAAAUUUGUUUUACCCCUGUAUGCUCUUCUUGGCAAGAGUGCUGAUGUAGAAAGACAUUGGAAGGUUUGUGAGGCUAAUCCUCGUCUAGAGGAGUGCUUGCCAGCUAUUGAGGCUUUUGGCAUGCUUGGAGAAGUUGAAAAGGCCGAGGAGAUAUUUGAGAAUAUGUUCAAGACAUGGAAGACACUGUCAUCCAGAUUUUACAAUGCUAUGCUGAAGGUGUAUGCCAACAAAAAACUUUUUGACAAGGGGAAGGAGCUUGCAAAGCGGAUGGGUGAUGAUGGUUGCAGAGUAGGGCCCUCGACGCUGGAUUCACUCGUGAAGCUCUAUUUGAAUGCAGGAGAGGUGGAGAAAGCUGAUUCCAUAUUGCACAAGCUAUCCCAUAAGGACAAGAUUAAGCCUAUGUACAACACAUAUUUGAUGCUGCUUGAUAGUUAUUCCAAGAAAGGAGACAUCCAUAACGCAGAGAAAUUGUUCAGCAAGAUUCGGCAGAUGGGUUAUACCGGGAGGAUUAGACAGUAUCAGCUGCUGCUUGAGGCAUAUUUGAAUGCCAAGGCCCCUAUUUAUGGAUUCAGGGAGAGGAUGAAGGCUGAUGACAUUUUCCCCAAUAGAGUUGUGGCGUCUUUGCUUGCUGCUACUGAUCCAUUCAACAGGAAGAACGCAAUGUCUGAAUUGCUUGAUUAGGUUCUUAUGCUAGGUUCAUUUUGUGGCCAUCCAAUACAUGUGCUGCUUAUGCCCUUCUGCCAAAAUACAUAUGACGUUAAGUUAAUAAUGCCUUAGCCAUGUAAUGAAUUUAUUUGCAUUUUGGAUACCUUUGCGGCUAGGAGGGCUGACUUAGAAUCCUAUGUAUGUUAAUCUUUUAUUUUUGGCUC